UAGUACUUAAAUGUUUACAGGACAAACGAUUCUGUUGACAGAAUGUGUUUUGUUGUUCUCAAGUAACAGAGUAGACAGAAAUUAUAAUAUUUUUAUGCCUUUGAUUCAUUGACAUUUACAGUCUGAUACUUUUAAACACAUAUUUUUUCCAAACAUUUUAGCAUCAUUGUCCACAAGAUCACAUUCUUAGGAGUUAACAUUAAAGAUUUUGAAAUCUGAAAGUACAUCUGUUGCCUAUAUUUCAAGCCCACUACUGUAUCAUUUGUUUGUUCUACGGGAGUGCUUUGGCUUCUGAACAAAAUGAAAUUGAAAUUUAGGUCAAGAAAUUGUCAAAACAAAUGUUUGGUCAACUAUGCUAUGGAGGAACAGCUUAAACUGAAUUGCAGCAAGCAAAAGCCAUGUCAUGCUUGCAGUGGAAGCUGGUAGCUGAAUUGCCUGUGUUGUCCUGAACAUCCUAAACCUUUGGUACAAAUUGAAAUCAAUAACUGCAAUCCCCGUGCAGAUUUAAUGGAAGAACCAAAAGUGUUUGCUGUCAGCCCUGCUUCUCUUGAAAUUUAAAAAAUGGACUAGAAGGCCUAGAACGUGUGAUUGGAGUUUUUCCCCAGGGCAACGAGUUGACCAAGCAAAUUCAUUGUUCAUGUUGUGGUUCUUGUUCAUCUCACGUCUGUGUUAUCGACCCCCGAUGAUUAACCCGAUUCGCAGCGAAAACCGCCAUUUAAGGCCACAAACAUCGCUACCAAUAGUCGUGUCUUUGUUGCCUCAGUUCCAACGUUCGCUGGAAUUAUUGGCUUUCAUUACGAACCAAAUUCGUGGAAGAACACUGACACUAGAGUUAGAAACUCGUUCUUAGAAGCCAUAGAAUGAUUCAACUACGUCAGAAGCAUCUAAAAAUUGGCUAUUGUUCGCUAGGUAACCUCGAGUGCUCAAUGAAUCGCUAAGCUCCGCUCGAUGCUCUUCAGUAUGCAUGCGUGCUGAGCACAUCCAGUAUUCCUUAACAUGGAGAAAGGUGAACCUUUGUAGAUGUUGGAACGUGCCAUUCUAGACAGUCUCGACAUAGUGAAUUGGAAACUCCACUGUCUAUAAGGCUAACCACACGUUUCAGGAAAUCGCAUGUUGGAUUGCUGACAAAACAGAUCGCUUGGCUUCGGUGCAACAAGUUGGCCCACCUGGUCAGGCGAGACCUCCCUGCCGUCAGCUCGAUCAGAUGAAAGGGCUGAUUGUCGUAUACGUCAUGGCUGACUCUCCAAGAAAUGAAGAUAAAUCAAAGACACAGAAGAAUUUACGUCGAGGAAAGGCAUCUUUUGCGUGUUUACUUUGUACCUACAGUUCGGAUUGGCGCAGCAAUUUACGAAUGCACGCCGAGAGAGUCCACAAAGCAACGAUCGGUGUUCUCGAGUGCUGUGGCAUCACUUAUCCGGACAAGAAGGCCUUACGGCAGCAUAUAGCCGCCACUCAUACCUGGCGAUUUGUAUGCAAAGUCUGUGGAUGUUCUUUUACCCAACCAACUAGUCUCAGACGUCAUGUGACUAAACAAUCGUGUUUCAAAAAAUUCAUCUGCAGCAUCUGCGACUACGCCACUUCACGUAAAGAUUAUUGGGAUCACCAUAGUCAGCUGCAUAAAAUUGAAGGCAAUAAACACGAAUGCUCCUCGACUUCGUCAGCUCCUGUCGAUUCCCCUCAACAGAACAGUCCGUUAAAUGUUCAGUUGAAAGAAUCAUCGUUUACUUGUCCAAACUGCCCGUUUGAAACAAGGUGGGAACACAGUCUUCGGCGUCAUAAAAGGACCCAUUAUAGAAUAACUAUGGAAUCGUGUUGGACCAAUUUCAGUGACAAGAUGAACGGUCGAAAGCGUAUGGUCCACAAUCACCGACAAAAAAAUGGCGAUCUUUCAUUCCAAUGCGCAACUUGUAAUAAAGUGUUUAAAUCCGCGUAUCUGCUUCGACGGCACCAGCCGGUGCAUUCUGGUCAAAAGCCAUUCAAGUGCAAUUUCUGUGAUUACGCUUCUUCACGCCUUUGGAAUUUGAAUCACCACAAGGCACUUAGACAUAAAGAAGAUAAUCAACCAACAGCUCUCCCAUUGUCUAGUCAACCAAUACUGCCAGACAAUUUGCCUAGUGAAGGAGGUGUCGAAGUUCAGCAUGUUCCAUUAUUGCGUAAUUCACUUACACCAGUUGUUGACCAAAUGACGCUUGAACCAGAGCACGAACAAAUUGUCGUAGACGAACAUGACCUUUAUGACCUAAAACACGAAGCAAUGGAACCAAAUAAGAGUCCACAUUCCCAGCAGUUAUCGGUUUCUCAGUCUCCAUCAUAUCCGCUUAUUGACUCCAUGGAAGGUGGACCUGAUAAUUUAAAUCCGCAGACAUCACUGAGCUAUGGCAACGUUGAGGUAAUUUUUGGGUGUUUACUUGGAUAUGUUCCACUUUAUUGUCACCUGAAAAAUGAAGCUGCGUUCUUUUCUGAAUCCCUGAUCUUGUCGUUUUGCAUUAUUAUUGUGUUAAAUAAUAGGUUUGAUUUCAUUACGAUAGGUCAUGAUCGAAUCCAUACUACCCGACGUCGACGUAAAAUUCAAAAGAACUCGACUAAAGAAGCAGGCAAAUUUAACUGCACAGUGUGCCCUUUUAACACGAAAUGGCUCGCGGCCCUAAAGGGGCAUUUAAGGACACAUACGCAGCAGAACCUUUUUUCGCCUACGACGGCUUCAUCGGCCUCAUCGUCUGAAUCGCCAUUGAAUAAAAGCGCGGUGUUCACCUGCUUGCUGUGUCCAUACAGUACGAAAUGGAAAAAUAAUUUAAAAAUGCACGUGACCCGGAUGCACAAGAAAAAAAGAUGCAAAUGUACAACCUGUGGACGAAUUUUCGGUAACGUGUUUGUUCUCCAAAGCCAUCAGAAGAAUCACUUGCUUGUCAAGAAAUUCAAUUGUACCAUCUGUAAUUACGCGUCUUCGCAAAAGGGGCAUAUGGAGAAACACAUGAAAACACACAAACCUAAAGAGGAUUUCCAAUCGACCUCUUUGUCGAUUGAUCAGCCAGCUGGAUGCGACACAUCCUUAGAGGUUCGUCGAUUACGCAGCUCACGCGUUAUAGCUCCAGAAAGAGAAGAGAAUAGAUUAUCCAGGAAUGAUUCCAUUGAAAAUGGUCGACGAGGCGUAAAGAGAAAGCGGAAUUCGUUCGAUCCUAUUGUCGUGGAUGUGAGGACCGAAGAAAUGGUGCGAGGGUACGAACCAAAGGAUCAGCAACUGGAAGAAUCCCAGAGCGCUGAAUUCUCAUCUUCGGAGUCGGCUCGUUCGGUUCUUCCACCAAAACCACGACAGUCACUGCGAAGUUGUAGAUUGGCCGUUGAACCGGCUGCGCGUUCACCUAUAAAAGAUUCAUGUGGAAAUGUGCAGCCUCUGCCCUUGUCUGCGAUUGACUCUAUUUACGAAGAGGCCCGCCUGCUAAGAUCUCAGGCUUCACUAGUACAAACCGUUCCAUCUUUGCUGCCCCUGCUCUUGCGGCUACUAGAGCUUUCCUCCUCUGCAAUGAAUCAACUUCGUGCAAUUCAGGAGGUAGAAGUCCGAUCUCGAACCAUCGAAUGCUUUGAAUACGUGUGGAAUGCUUCCAAAAUAGCCAUAAUCCGCUGGGAUCACUUGAAAAACGCAAUGAAUCGUGAUACUUUGCUUAACGCCAUCAGAUAUGCCUUCGGAACACUUCCCGUCUUCAUCAACAUUGAGAAGAAUGAACAUCUCGAAAUGCUAGAAAGUGUCGUCUUACUAAGUUUCAAUACAGUUAAGAACUGGAAACAGCCGUCUGCAUAGUAGGCCAGCCAUAAAACUAGAGUUCAUCGUUGUUGUAUUCCUUUUCCAUUCACAACGGUUAGUUUAUCUCGUGAUCUCUACAAGUUCGCACAUCGUGAAUUAUAUGCUAAACCAAAUACUGACAAUAUACCUUCAAGUAAUUAACGUAUCAUCCACUUAAAACAAACUCAAAUGCCCUUUCCCCUCCAUAAGAGAAAUGACUUUUUUUAACUAAAAAUUUUUACUUUGAAAUCCGAUGAAAUCUUACCUGCUAUGACAAAACUAAACACCGAUUUCUAAUACAAUGUUAGUUUUUCGCCGA